GUGCAGGUGCGGAGCCGGCGAGAGGGGAGCGCGAGGCGGCAGAAGGGAGCGCGGCAGGAUGCGGUCGGCGCGGAGCUGCAGGCACUCGCCUCUGGCGGCCGCGGCGGGGAUUUUGCUGCUGUGCGUGGCUGGCCGAGCUAGAGCUCAGGAGGUCCAAGCAGAGAAUGUGACAGUGGCGGAAGGCGGGCAGGCUGAGAUCAAUUGCAAACUGCACCAAUAUGAUGGUUCCAUCGUGGUGAUCCAGAAUCCAUUUCGCCAGACGCUCUUCUUCAAUGGCACACGAGCCUUGAAGGAUGAGCGUUUUCAGUUGGUGGAGUUCACCCAAAAGCAGGUCCGCAUUGUGCUUUCCAAUGCCCGUCUGGAAGAUGAAGGUGGCUACUUUUGCCAGCUAUACACAGAAGACACCCACCAUCAGAUUGCCAUCCUUACUGUGCUGGUGCCCCCCGACAGUCCCUUAGUGGAGGUGAAAGAACAGGCGGUGGAAGGCGGGGAAGUUGAACUCACCUGCAGCGUUCCCAGGUCACGCCCUGCUGCCACCCUGCGCUGGUACCGGGACCGAAAAGAGAUAAAAGGAACAAGCAGCAAGCAAGAAAACGGGAAAGUGUUCAGCGUUACCAGCAUGGUGCGUUUUCGGGCGGAGCGCAAGGACCACAGCAGCAUCGUGACGUGCGAAGCCGUCCACCCGGCGCUGCGUGGCCAGCGGAAGCAGACGCAGUACGUGCUAGAUGUGCAGUACUCACCCACAGCACGAAUCCAUCCCCCGCAAGGAGUCAUGAGGGAAGGAGACACCCUAGUUUUGACUUGUGCUGUUAAUGGCAACCCACUACCCAGAGACAUCAAAUGGAGCCGAGCGAAUGACACAUUGCCUGACCGGGCCCUGAUAGAGGGCGAAGUGCUGACCAUUCCUAGCCUCAGCAUGCUGGAUAACGGCACCUACUCAUGCCAGGUGGCCAAUAAACACGGGCGCUCCUCGGACCAGUACGUGCUCGUGGUUUAUGAUCCUGGGGCUAUUGUGGAGGCCCAGACAUCGGUGCCCUAUGCCAUUGUGGGGGGCAUCCUGGCUCUCCUGGUCUUUCUCGUCAUCUGUGUGCUGAUAGUCAUGGUGUGGUGCUCCAUCCGGCAGAAAGGUUCCUACCUGACGCACGAGGCCAGCGGGCUGGAUGAACACGGAGAAGCCCGUGAGGCCUUUCUCAAUGGUGGAGAUGGCCAUAAACGCAAGGAGGAGUUUUUCAUCUAAGCCGGGGGUGUGGGGGGGGAAGGGGUGUCAGGGGUGCUGUUUUGAGAGAAGCGGCUAAGGAGGGGGUGCGCUGGAAAGGGGAGAGGUUGGAGAAAAGCUGCUGCUCUUGCUGGGGGAGGGAGGGCUGGAUUCAAAAAGGAAAACAAACAAAAAGAUGCUUUAAAGAAACAAAAUCCAUUGUGUACAAAACCAACCACAUGCGGCUGCCACUUUUCCGGUUUUAUUUUUGAAACCGAGGGUUUUUUUAGCCCCACCCCUUAGCUGGGAAGCUCCACCCCCUGCCAUUGGAUGCCUCCCUCCACCACCACCACCCUGCUGGAGUUAUGCCCUGUUAAUUUGGUGGGGGCAGGUGUGCAUGCUUAGCUUUGCCCCCAGAAAAGUGGGGGACAGAGCUGCUGUAUUUCUGUUCCCUUUGGGGUGGAGGCGGUGCAUUUGGGGAGGGGGCUGUGGCUGUUUGUAAAUAAAGUCCAAGUGGGGAGGUGGGAAGAUGGGAAGCCCGUGGUAUGCUGAAGGUGGGGUGAGGGACAUUUCAAAACCAGGAGGUCCCAUCCUAGUAGCCCCCCAUGGCUUGUUAGGUCUGAUUUUCCCAGAUAUUAGCACUGAGUUUCACAAUAUCUGGGGAGGGAGACAGGGCUAAUGGGUUUAGCUUUGGGGCACCCUGAUCUUCUGAAUGGAUGGAAGAUCCUGUACCUUGAGUUCUGGGAAGGUGACCAUGGGGACCUUGGGUCUGUGUUCCUCAACCUCCAUACGUCUGCCAUUAAGGAGUGCCGGUGUGAUAGCAGUCUGCAACUCUGGGAGUCUGGAGGUCUCUUCAGCGUGUGGAAUCCUUCUCGGCUGCAUGCUGUCCCCGGUAAGGCCGGGCUGCUCAAGGAACCUUGGGCUGUAAGAAGCAGGUUGACUUUUAUUUCUUCAAAGCCAUGAUAGUUUGGGGAGGGCGAGGGAGGGGGGAAGAGGAAGGGGGUGUCUGUCUGUCUGUCUGUGUCAUCCUUGUUAAGUGACGUUCUUGGCCGGGGGCAGGAGAUGGGACCACAGAGCCUCUUGGAGCGUCCAGUUCCCACACCAUGUUCACCUUGUCAUCUGUCCUGGACAGCACAGCAUUGCCACCAAAAGGCCAGCUUCUGCAGAAGGUGGAAGACAUGGCUAUUUUUUUUUAAAGUCUGGCCAACUUAAAUAUAUUGGGGAAUACAGAUUAAACUUGGCGUGUCUCCAGCUCCUCCUCCCUCCCUCCCUUUUGUGCAGGUGGUGAUGACGUUCUACCACCCUGCUCUGACCCCAGAGACGAAAAUGGGAACGUCAGCAUAGACUACCCUUCCCAGCCCUCUUCUCUUCCCAUUCCAUCUCCUUUGGAAGAAGCCGAUCUUGGCCGUUCUGCAAAACAAAAAAACAAAACAACCCAGAACGUAGGGACUCCUCGUCCCCAGGUUUUGACCCUGUUGCAAUGAACUUCACCUUCUCAGACGCAGCUAAGGAGCCACUGGCAAAAAUGGCUGCUUUGCCCCAGGGACAAUUGCAUCAGACUGCUGCGGAUAAAAUGCCUGGAAUAGCUGGAUUUGGGACAUCCCCCUGGAACUCCUGUCCUGCAUCACCAUUCCCAAGGCAGCUGCUGAUCCCCUGCCCUUUUCUUGUGCUUCGCCCCAGAAGGGGCAGUUCAAACACAUUCUCUCGGCCUCUUACAACCUCCAACACCUGGUGAUUCCUGAUGGUUCCUUCCAGUUUUGCCGACUUUUCUCAUUUGUGCCAGUAAAUGCCCGCCCCGCCCCGCCCCUCCCCUCUUCCCUGCCAUUCUCCUGCAAAUCUCCCACCUCUUUCCUUCUGUCUCUUGUCUGGGGACAUGCAAACAAAACAGAAGAAACUGACGUGUGAUUCUGUGUCCGUCUCUGGCUCGCAGUUUUUAUUUUAAAUCGUUUGUGUCUUGGAAGAAGGGGAGAUUAAAGAAAAAAAGGAAAAAUAUAAUAAUUAAUAUAUAACUGGGGGUCGGGAUGUGUAUAGAGGGGCUUAUUCCUCUGCAGCCCAAGACUGUUUCCCCCGUGCCCAAAAGUUAAUAUAUAUGUAAAUAUCUAUGUCUGCCUUUUAACCACCUUUGAUACUUCAAUAAAUCCCCCUGAUUAAUUCUUUUAA